GCUCUGCGCAGGCGCGGGAGCAGGUCGCAGCAGCGCUGGGCCUCGGCUUAAGCUGUUGUUGUGCCGCCCCUCCCCCACCCCUACCCUGCGGCGGCCCAGCGCUGCAGGCCGCUGACUCCAGCCCCAGCACCCGGGACUGCGGACUUCGUGACCCUUUCCUCGGGCUUGUCCGCGCCGGAGCAGCUCGGGACUGCGCAGCACUCCGCGUGCCGACAUGGGAAAGUCUUUUUCUCAUUUGCCUCUGCAUUCGAAUAAAGAGGAUGCUUAUGAUGCAGUCACAUCAACUGAAAAUAUGAGAAAUGGAUUAGUCAAUAGUGAAGUCCAUAAUGAAGAUGGAAGAAAUGGAGAUGUUUCUCAGUUUCCAUAUGUGGAAUUUACAGGAAGAGAUAGUGUCACUUGCCCCACUUGUCAAGGAACAGGAAGAAUUCCUAGAGGACAAGAAAACCAACUUGUAGCAUUGAUUCCAUACAGUGAUCAAAGAUUAAGACCAAGAAGAACAAAACUGUAUGUGAUGGCUUCUGUGUUUGUCUGUCUGCUUCUUUCUGGACUGGCUGUGUUUUUCCUUUUCCCUCGCUCUAUCGACGUGAAAUACAUUGGCGUAAAAUCAGCAUACGUCAGUUAUGAUGUUCAGAAGCGUACAAUAUAUUUAAAUAUCACAAAUACACUGAAUAUAACGAAUAAUAACUAUUAUUCUGUUGAAGUUGAAAACAUCAUUGCACAAGUUCAGUUUUCAAAAACAGUUAUUGGAAAGGCACGCUUGAACAACAUAACCAAAAUUGGUCCACUGGAUAUGAAACAAAUUGAUUAUACAGUACCUACUGUCAUAGCAGAGGAAAUGAGUUAUAUGUAUGAUUUCUGUACACUGAUAUCCAUCAAAGUACAUAACAUAGUUCUCAUGAUGCAAGUUACUGUAACAACAACUUACUUUGGACAUUCGGAACAGAUAUCCCAGGAGAGGUACCAGUAUGUUGAUUGUGGAAGGAACACAACUUACCAGCUGGGGCAGUCUGAAUAUCUAAAUGUACUUCAGCCACAACAGUAAAAGCAGAGAUGCAGCUGGGGAAGAAGAAAUAGCUGUUGAUAUUUUCAGAACUCUGUAGGAUGAGGUACUUAACUUCCUGAUAGAUCUUAAAUUGAACAACCUAAAGUUUACACUUCUACUUUAAGAGUGUAGCUAAAAGUAUGUGGACUUGUAGAUUAUCAUAACUCUCCACUCUGUGUUCAUCAUAUUUGUACCAGGAUCUUUACUUGAAUCUGAAUUUACUGAUUGGUUCUCUUCUCUCCUGGUCUCCCCCCAAAAGGGGCGAACUUAGACUUCUACAGGACAAUAGAUAAUUAUUUGAAAUUCAUAGCUCUAAUCACUACUGAAAACAUAAUUUUGGUGAUGAACAUAGUUUGAGAAACUUUAUUUCUGAAUGCUUUUUAUAGACUAUUACUGAGGGCCUCUUAUUCAUGGAAGACUUUUAAAGAAUAACCUUUUUUUUCCCUGUUUUAUAAAUUCCCAUUGCUACUUGGUAGUAUUUCAACUAUAUUUAAGCUUUUAGCUAAAUGUUCUUAUUUGUUCAUUUGAAGUCCUCAUUUGCAUGUUUUUGUCAGUCUUAUUUCAAGCUAGUGCUUGCUUGCAUAACAUUUAUAAACCAAAAUAAUCUUUGCAUAAUUCUGUACCUAACAUUUUUAAAAACCUCGAAAUAAUGUGUUUCACAUGUUUUUCCAUGUUAGUUAUAGUUCUGUGAAAUUUUUGUGUAAAAACCUAAUCAUUUAUAGUAUUGUAAAUAAAUUGUGCAUGGCUUUUAUAUAGCUUUAAUAAUUGUCAAAGUGGUACAGAUUUAAAAUGUAGUAAGUUGCUCAUUAAAAUUAAAAAAACAAAAAUGAAAUUCAGAAACCUCUAAAUGUGAAUAUUGUUGCAAUUACAUAUUAGAUCAGGCAUAAAGUAGGUUUGAAAUAAAAUAUUGAUGCUCCACUUUUUUUUAAUGUUGCUUUUCAUACUAAAGAAUUGUGAAGACACUUAACUUUUCACAGCUGUUAAGUACCCAAGUCAUCAAUUUUAUGAAUGUUUUAGAGGAGGAAAUUACUUCUUUGGUAGAAAUUACCCAGGGAAUCAUGUUAUUAAAUGAUGGUGGCUAUAUCAAAAUAAAACCUAUAUUAUGCUUUUAAAAAUUUAAUCACUUUGCACAUCGUGGAUAUCAUGCAUCUAGCAGUUAACAUUUUUAUAGGUUUCAACUUUUGAUUUGGGUUUUAUUUAAAGUUAUUUUCAAGUGUAAAUUAUUGACUUACUUUGCUGUUUUAUAUUUUUAAUCCUGUUUCCAUUUGGGCUUUUUGCCUUUUCACUUACCAAGUUCUGAGUACCUUUUAAAUACAUAGCACUGAGCGUAGGGGCUGAAUAUGAUACCAAAAACAGUUAAGUGGCUUGAGAUUAGUUUUCUUCUGUUUUCUAGUGACAGAAAUCAGGCCACCUACCCCUUCUCCCCUCAAAGUGCCUAACUUAGGUCUGAAACAUACUUAUGAAUAAGUCUGACUCUCUGAACUAUAAAACAUAAGCUUUAUUUAAUUAAUUAGAGCUAAUGAAGCCCUCCUUUCUGCCUUUAAACACACUCAGGUCUGCCCUUAGCUUUCAUAUCCUUUUCUCUACAUUUUCCUGAGUGAAUAUUUAAACAGGUGAAAUGCACUAACUUCCUUUUUUUCAAUAACUACUUAGACUUCCCUUAAUCCAUUGCUAAUUCACCCAUCCUUACUAUUGAACUAAAGUCACCCCUUUAAAUUUAUGAACUUUGUAGUCCAACACAAUCUGUAAUUUCUUUUCUUCUAUGUUUUUUGACUACUCACCUUUUCCUUGAAACUACACAGUUCUCUACUGUGUAGAUUCAUUUUGCACUUUUCAUAUCAUCUUAAUUUUUUUUUUUCAUUCUCCUGUCUUUUGAUAUCUUUUAUUGAGUAGUAAUCUAGACCCUUUGCUGCCUCAAAAUUUCUACUGUUUUGGCUUCAACAAUCACCUAUAUUGGGGCUUCCACAUCUGUUUCUACACACAUGACCAGUAACCCAUCUAGUUUCUCAGUUAGCUAAUGACUUGGAAAGUAAUAGAUUUCACUGUCUCUGUGUAAAAUCAAACAAUGUUAAAAAUUUUUUAUCAUAUUUUGUUUUGUUUGCACCUUGUACUCAUGCCCCAUUUCUUCAAGAUCAUCCUUCAGAUAUGUCUCCUUCAAAAUCAGUCCUGAUUUAUUUUCCUGAUUUGUAUCUUCAAACCUUGGAAAACUGUGUAGUGUAAAUUAAAUGGACUUUUCUGUUGACUUGUGGCUCUAAUAUCCUUUUAUAGUACAUGCAAAGUAUCUACCGAAGAGUCACGAAAAUAAGGGACCAUUUGCUUUUAAUGACUUAGUUUUGAAUAUUUUUUCUUCAUCUUUGAUUUAAAAACUCUUUAUUAUACCUGCUUUCUGUAGAGUUCAAGUCAGAAUAAAACUGGAAUUUGAAAUAAGUUAAAAAAAAAUCCCAAUAAUAGAGAAAUAAAGAUCACUGUGACUACUUUUA